CCGGCAGAGUAGAAAAUGGACUCACAACGGGCAGUGUUGCCAAUGUCAGUAAAAGAUAUCUGGAUUUGACACUGAGGACCUUGUGGUUAACGCUAGAUACUGGUAAAAGGGCAGCACGAACCGUAAAGGUUACUUGAAAGAAUUUUGUGAUCUUGGGAACAUGGGAACACUACUGUACAUUUCUGUGAGGUGGCUGAGUUUGGACAUCUGCAUCAACUGCAUUCUGCAGCAGUAUGGCCCUCUCACCAGCUACUUCAAAUCUUUAAAUGAGAAACAACCAAGGUUCGAAGGCUGGCGAAGGCAUUUUCCGAUCCCCUGACGGACGUCUACCUCCUGUUCCUUCAGGCCACAUUGCCAGUGUUGUCUAAACUGAACCUCCUUCUCCAGAGAGAAAAGGCAUCUAUAUUCCAGUGGCAUGAAGAGGUGAACGGGAGGGAACAAGGACAUGUAGGGAGGCUCUGUGUGUACCAAAAUUAACCUAUUGACGCAGACUGUGGUGGCAGCUGCUAGACAUAGCAGCUGCUAGGAUAAUGUACUGAAUAACAUGGUGUACCAGAUUAGGCAAAAUUGCCAGAAAUUGGAAAAGUACGGACAGGGGCGGGGGGCUGCUUGUAGAAGGGUAUAAGAUACACAUGAAUAGUAAGGAAGUUGAACUCUGUUGGGAUACGGUGUAUCACAGACUUCCCAGAUCGAUCUGUUGGAAUAAAUGGAAUAAAAGGUUAUUGGAAUAAAUGGUUAUUGGAUUAUCUCAUCCACGCCUCCAGGUGAUCUCUUCUCAUCUACGGACCCGGUGGAGUUGGUGUACUCCAACAUGGGCUGUUUGGCUAUGUUGGUGUCUCCUUUCUAAAGUGCAACACCCCUGUGAAAUAUAGGUUGUGUUACUUUGUCAAAGACAAUUAAGCCAUCUAAAGCUAUCUAAUUUCAAAACAUCUGAGAUAUGCUCAACAGGCUCCUUGAGGCUGGAGAGGUCACAUCACUGAAGGUUCAACAAUUCCAGCAGAUUUCAGGAAAUCCUUCUUUUUCAUGACCCAAAUGAACAAGACCAAGUAAGUGAGGAGUUCAUGGAGUACCAACUGAUGGGCAUAGCCAUGCCCCAGGACCCAACAUACUUUGAUAUUGAGGAGUUUUGGGGAAGGAUGUCCUCAAUAAAGAACAAGUACCGCAUAUUGAUCAGUAGGUGGAGUAAAAUCUACACAUACGCAGUUGGAAAACACCACAAGAAACGAAUCACAACGGUACUCUUCGGCUCGUUUAAAUCUGCGCCAUUUUAUGAGAAUCGAAGACGCAAAACAACAAGGCGUUUUCCUCUAUGUAAACAGAGGAUCUCCAAACUUUGGAACAGCAAGACCACUGAAGUGAAGGGAGGUGAAUUCAAACUUCGGACUGCAGAAGAGCACCAAGGACACGUGAAACUUGCUACAGAGAAAGAGAAGAAAGAAACUCAUAAAUGUUUGGAACCACUUAAGGACAAGUUUGACGCAAUGGCAACCUCAGCCAAACUCAGCCAAGUAAUCUUAGGAGAAAAUAACUAUGAAAGGUUAAAUCUCCCAGCUGGUAUAGCAGACUCAUUGAAUGACCUUAAAAAAGAAAUCCAAACACAACUUGGUGUGUUAGAAGAUUUUCGAUUUCAGCUCAAAGAUCUGGAUUUUAAUGAAUUUGUCAACCUCAGUUCAACUUCGGACUUACAAGACAGAGCUACACUCAAAAUAAUUUUUUUGCCGACAUCUACAAGUACCUCUUCUUCAUCUGUGCCAAAACAAAGUGAGACCUCUUCAGUAUCUUCCUAUGAUACAGACAUAAUAUCCUCACCAUCAUCUGUACUGUCGACAGAAUCUGCAUCCUCUGUCAGAAGGCAAGCUUGGCCCAAUACUUUCCCAAUACCACAGUUUAGUUUUGAUGCAGAAAUACAACUGCAAAAAGCUCAACUUGCUUAUCAAACUGAUGAUACUGUCCUGAGUCCCAAUUCCUAGCUAAAAGUCUGACAUUUUGGAUUCUUUAGUCUCAGAAAUAAUAAAGUUCAAGGCAUACCCUUCAGCUGCAGAUCUUGAUGAUGUAGCCGCUGCGUUGAUACAGAAGCAUCCACGUCUAAAAGAAAAGGGCUCUGUGAGUGGCUACUAUGGCUGGAAAAUUAGUUUAAAAUAUAAGAUGGCAAACUACAGAACAAAAUUGGGAAACAGGAUGUUCUGAGCUGAACAUCAAUUCCCAUAAGCGAAAAGGAUCCACUGGAAGUCCUAACCAAGAAGAAACCGAGAAAAGCUGAGGUAAAUUACUGUCCAGAUUAGCCAAUGGGUGAAACAAAAGAAACACUUGAAAAUCAAAGGAUUACACUAUUAUUGGAGGUGACUAAAAGAAACAAUGAGCAGGUUAUCAAGGGGCUGAUGGACAGAACGUUUGCUCUACGGAGGCACGAGGUGGUAGAAGAUUCACCUUUCAUUGCGGAAUUCAAGAACAGAUGGCCAGCACUCUUUACUGAGCGAGAGGUAUCUGCGGAAUUCAGCAGGAUUAUAAUUCCUUUGGUGUCCAAAUUCAUGGGUCAGCUUGAUCAUCUCUCCCCCCAGCUCCUCAAAAAUUUCAAAAAGAAAGGAGGAGCAGCCACAAAGAAGAUCAGACAUCCUGUCAGUUUUGCAUCAGGUCGGCCGACAGGAACAGGCAGACAAGGCGAAUUCAAGGCAAACACGGGGUUUAUUUGGGAGAUCCGGGACAGGGAACAUAGGACGGCUACUGACAUCAAUGACGGACACCGCUAACAGAGCAUCAUCAUUGAAAAAAAGUAUGAAUGCAUCCUGAAAGCCUUAGUGGUCUACCUAAAUGAAGAUCCUUCAAACCUUGUGAAGGAGUCCAUGGACGCUGAACAUGAUGAAACCCAAAUUUUGAUGAGCAACACCACUCUCGGUGUCAUGCCCGGCUCGUCGGCUCCUCGUGUGUGCCACGCCCCCUGAUUAUCCACGUGUGCUUCCCUGAUCGUCUCCAGCUUUGUCCACUUACUUUGAUUAGUCCUGUCCUGUUUUAAGUCCUGGUCUUACCUGUUUGCCCUGUCCGUCAUUGAUGUUUGUCAAUGCCUGUGUUCCGUCCCGCUCUACCCGCUCCGUUUCCCCGAUUAAAGACCCGUUUUCCCCGUAUCCUGCUUGCCUGCCUGCUCCUUGCUCGCUCGCCUGCCCGACGAUCGCCCGCUUUGUCCGCGAUCGUGACACUCGGAAUCUAUGCCAUCAAACAUGAAGGGGCAGAUGUUGCAGACCCAUACGAAGAUGUUGGUGUCAUCAUCGAAGGCAUCCAAGUACUUAAAAACUUGGACAAUGUAGCUAAUGCAUGUUCCAUCAUGGUUGGUCUAAUUUAUGCAGUAAACUUAGCUUACCCGCAGGAUCUGAGAUAUAGUUUUGAAUUGUUUCAAAAGAUUUUUAUGCAACUCGAUGCCAACAAGCUGUCAAACAAAGUCCAGGUCUUAAAAAAUAAACUCCUAUCAUAGGCACUGUAACUUGAAACAAGGGCUAAGAGGCAGGACCUAUGUUUUGUCCAUAAUGUUGCACUGGCUGUUGCAGUAAUUUUUUCAGUGCUAACCAGGUGAUGUCUUUAAUAAUCUUUACUUUUGCUUUACUGCAAUGUUUAGUAAACCUGAAAAAAAAGCAGUAAAGUAUAAAGUAUAUUUUUGUAAAUCAUUUAAAGACAGUAUUUUUUUACUGGUAAUAUUAUUUUUGUAACUUGUAAUAAGUAAAGAAGUUUUAUUUUGAAAAGUGAAGACAUUACUUAGAUUUUGUAAACAUGUUCUUGUUUGAAAACAUUGUAAAAACGUUAUAGAGCUUUCAAAUGUUAAUAUUCCUUCGAAUAACAAGUGUUGUUAGCUGAUUUUUUUAAUUGCAAGAAGGUGUACUUCAUAUUGUUAAAGGCUGUUAACUUUUUCCAAGUAUAAAAAGCAUUGUCAAUCCUUUCAUUUAAAGGCUACAUGCUUUUAUUUUACUUUAUACUUGUAUUAUUCUUUUAAUAGUAUUAAAAUUGUAACUUAUUGUAAUAAGUUAAAACUAUUUUGAAAAGUAUGACAGCAUGUAGAUUUUGAAAAACAUUUUAUUGUUGGGAAAAACAAUAGAAAGUGUUUAUUGUAAAACAUUGUAAAAAUGUUAUUUAAUAAACACAAUGAAACUG